AUGGUUCAUCCACCCAAGGGCACUCUGAUGAUCAAGUCAGUAUUCUUAUCUCUCACAGACAUCGCUCAAGCCAUCCAACACGUGCACUCCCAUGCGGUCAAGGCCAAGCUGGUGAAGAAGGUCCUUGUAAAAAAGACACAAGAAACAGCAACUCUCCUUGCUUCACUCAACGAAGCUGAGACCUGCACUCAGAAUUUAAUGGACAAGGCAAAAGCUGCAAAAAUUGCAAAGAACAAAGCCAAGGCUAAAGCCGAAGCUGCUAAGGCCGAUGCCAAGGCCGCCAAGGUCAGAGCGGCCGAAGCUGAGGCCAAACUCACUGAGGCCCUCGAAGUGAAGGACGCCAAGAUAAAGUCGGCCAAUAAAAAGGCCUUUAAGGAGGGGCAAGCCGCCAUAUGCGAUCAGUACAAACAAUAA